AAGAGCAAAGAGUUAAGCAGUCCAGCUGACAGUCAGCUGAGAAAAAAAAAGAAAAAAGUUUUGGCUCCUGUUCUGAUAUGCUAAUAAGAACUGCUAGGACGCAUCCUAUUGGCUGUAUUCCCCCGUUUGGGUCGUGACGUCAGAGCGUCUAUAUAACUGAGCAAUGCUUUUAAACUCAUCUGCCGUUGUGUUGGCUUUGCAAAAUAACUCCCACACGUUCUUCACGUCCGAGUCGACUGACUCUAGUCUUUGCAAGUGCAUUUCCUUCUUUUUUUCUUUCUUUAAAAAAAAAAGAAAAAAGAAAAACAACUUUGCUCUUUCUCCAGUCUGCACGAUGUGAUUCAGGACGAGAGCGCACAAAAAGUCUUCCAUGUCCGAACAGCAAAAAGAGAGAGAGUGAGUGAGAGAGAGAGAGAGAGAGAGAGACUGAAGGAAGAUCUGCAGCUGGGAUCUCGGAUGCGCCUGCGUUUGCGGGACAGUGUCGGUGUCGGUGCCAGUGUGCGUAAAGCUUGGAGUUGAAAGCCUUGGAGAAGAAGACAGGAACAGGACUUGUACUGGUUUUGCAAUCGUUUUGGUUUAUUUUAUUUUUAUUUUUUAUUAUUUAUUUAUUUAUUUAUUUAUUUAAGAAGGACCUAAGGAAAAAAAAAAAAACAAGCUGGCGCACUCUGUCCCGGCCCACACCGCGCUGACAGCCGCUCUUCAGCCUCUCUGGAGGAGCGUCACCGGGAAGCGCAUGGCGUCCGAGCUGGCGCUGAGCUCCACCGAGCUGCCCACCAGCCCUCUCGCCAUGGAGUACGUCAACGAUUUCGAUCUGAUGAAGUUCGAGGUGAAGAAGGAGCCCGCUGAGACCGAGCGCGUCGGCGGCUUGUCCCAGUGCGGCCGCCUGCUCGCCGGAGGCUCGCUGUCUUCCACGCCGAUGAGCACGCCGUGCAGCUCGGUGCCGCCCUCUCCGAGUUUCUCGGCGCCUAGUCCCGGGUCGGGGGGGGAACCUAAAGCGCACUUGGAGGACUUUUACUGGAUGGGUGGCUACGCGCAACAUCAACAACAACAUCAUCAACAACAACAACAACAACAACACAAUCACCAACAGCAACAACAGCAACAACAUCAGCAACAGCAGCAGCAGCAGCAGCAGCAUCAGCAGGCGCCGUUAAACGCGGAGGCGCUCGGGUUCGGCACGGAUGACGCCAUGGAGGCGCUGAUCAGCAGCGCGCACCAGCUGCACGGCUUUGACGGCUACGCGCGGGCGCAGCAGUUCCCCGCCGCAGAAGAAGUCGGGCCGGCCGUGGUGUCAGCCGUGAUCGCCGCGUCCGCGUCCGCGCCUCACCACCACAACCACCAUCAUCACCAUCACCACCACCAUCAGGGGGGCAGCGGCGGCGGCGGCGCGCAUCCAUCCGGCGCAGCGAGCAACCACCACAGUCAUCACGGGCACGGGCACGUGGACGACCGCUUCACGGACGACCAGCUCGUCACCAUGUCGGUGCGCGAGCUGAACCGGCAGCUGCGCGGCGUCAGUAAGGAGGAGGUGAUCCGGCUGAAGCAGAAGCGCCGGACGCUGAAGAACCGCGGCUACGCGCAGUCCUGCCGCUUCAAGCGCGUGCAGCAGCGGCACGUGCUCGAGGGCGAGAAGACGCAGCUGCUGCAGCAGGUCGAGCACCUCAAGCAGGAGAUCACGCGCCUGGUGCGCGAGCGCGACGUCUACAAGGAGAAGUACGAGAAGCUCGUGAGCGGCGCCGGCGGCGGCGGCGGCUUCCGCGAGACCGGCUCGAGCAGCGACAACAACCCGUCGUCGCCGGAGUUUUUCAUGUGAGUUUGUUUUUUUGUUUUGUUUUGGUUUUUUUUUGCGCACGGCACCAUUUUACAGCAGGCAAGCAAAAAAAGAGACAAGUUUUUCUUUUUUAUCAUUAUAUUUUUUUAUAAUAAUAACAAUUAUUAUUAUUAUUCGGAUUUUUGCAACUUUUCCAUUCUUCCCCAAACCAGUCAGUGUGUCCUUAUUCACCCCCCACCAACCCCCCCCCCCCCAUCCUUCCUGCUUUCCACAGACCCAACUUUCCCCUCAUAUCAUUUUGUGAUGUGAUGUGGAUUUUUUUUUUUACUAUUUUUGUUCUCAAACAUGCCUCAUGCAUGCAUGCUUGUUUUCCAUCCAACAGUUUUUAUUUUUUGAUACUAUGUGCAUGCAUGCAUCCAGAUGUCCAUCAGUCUUAAAAUGCUUGCUUUCUCCUUCAAAACAAACUUUGUGCAUUAUUUUUGUCGUCGCCGGAGUUUUUCAUGAGUUUUUUUUUUUCUUUCCUUUUUUGCGCACAGCACCAUUUUACAGCAGACAAGUUUUGUCCCGUGUAAAAGAAAAACCUAUUAAAAUUAUUAUUAUUUUUAUUAUUUUGAUGGAUUUUGCAACUUUUCCAUUCCUUCCCAAACCACUCUGUGUCCUUAUUCACCCCCAAACAUCCCAUCCUCCUUCCUGCUUGCACAGACCCAACUUUCCCCCCAUAUCAUUUUGUGAUGUGAUGUCUUUUUUUUUUUUUACCUGAAACAUGCCUCAUGCAUAAGUUUGUUUCCCCUUCAUAAACAGACUGCCAUUUUUACUUUUUGUCCAUCAGUCCUAACCUAAAAUGCUUGCUUUUCCCUUCGGAACAGACUUUGUGCAUUCUUUUUUUUUUGUGCAUAUUAUUUUUUCCUUUUUCUGGAGGACCAGAGACCCAAGCCACCUUCCCGCUUUCAUCAUUAUCAUCUCAUAUACGUACAUCCUGUCCUGUCUGCCUUGUGUGUGAGAGAGAUUUUCUGUGUGGAAGUGAGUGUGUUUAAUGAUAAGACUUUUAAGAAAGAAGCUAUAGAAGAAGCUAUUGCAGAUUUUUGUAAAAAAAAAAAAAAAAAUGCAAAUAAAAAAAAGAGAGACUGUUAAUAUUAUUGCCUGCAUGCUGGACAUGUACGGUUCAUUUUUCUUGUACUUUUUUUUUUUUUUGCUUGAGAACUGAACUCUUUUUUUUUAAUUAUUAAAUUUGGAUAAUAACUCCAGCAUGGCAUUCUUCAUCCUCUUCCUUCGUUUGUCGCCAAGUCACUUUUUUGGAAUAUUGUGCAAAAAAGUGAAAGGACAUCCUCCUCGCCUCGCACCAUCCCUCCUCCCGCAUUGACCUGAGCGGCCAUCCACACGCAGCCCAUGCACUGAACCCAUUCCUGUUGAGAGCUGGCCGAGCGGAAGACAUGUUUCAGGGGACAAGGACCUCAUCCUUGCAAAAAAAAAACACAAAAAACAAACAAACUAAUAUAAAAAGCAAAAAAAAAAAAAAAAAAGUGAUGGAGUCUUAAACUGGGGCCUAAAACUGUUAGGAUUGUUUAACGGACUGCUUUUUCUUUUAUACGUGUAAUAAACCGCAGGGUUCACGAUUUAAGAAUAGUGCUGUCAUGUGUGUGUUUGAACUUUGAUUAUCGCUUGAUGGAUGGAUGGAUGGAUGGAUGGAUGAAUGAAUGAAAGCCGUAAAAAAAGUUUGGCUUUUAGACGCAAGGUUCAUUGCCCUAUGCACUAAACUCUUUCUUUAUCAAUCAUAGUGUUAAGGUGAACUGGAAGGACAAACACAGUGUGUAUUAUACAGCAGGAUUGUUAUGAUGCAGAAGCUUUUAUUAUUAUUAUUAUUAUUAUUAUUAUUAUUAUUAUUUCAGCAUGUGCUUGCCAUGAAAAAAAGCAGUUUGACCAAUGUAGCCCCCUCGAAAUCCUCACACUGCACUGCAUUUUUUAAAAACCAAAGUAUUAAGUUAAGUCAGUGCGAGGAACAGUGAAUUUAAGAGAAGAAAAAAGAAAAAAAAAAACAUUUUGGACUGAGUUGCACUAAAAUGUAGCCUGUAGCUAAUCACGCAGCAUAUCACACCAUGGAAUCUAUCUAGAACGCUAAUUAAAAUAAAUAUAUCUAUAUAUGAUAAUAAAUAUAUAAAUAAAGACAUCUCGUGGCAUCGCUGGAGAGUUUAUGAUCUUACAAUCUUGUCUUAGUUACAUUGUCGAGCAGGGCUUUUUUGUUGUUUGUUUGUGUUUUCUUUUCAUAUUUUGUUUUAUUUUUUAUCAUCGUUGUUGUAAAUUCAUUAUUUCCGAGGCAAUAAUAUAAUAAUCAAUAAUGUCUGGACAUUGUUUUAUAGCCAGGGAUUGACACCCUGCUUGUAUAAAAUGGAAAUAUACCGCUCAUCAAUUAAAUUUUUUAAGUAUGUUAAUUAAAAAACAAGAAAAAAUAGAAAAAAAAGAAAAGUCUCUCUUAUAUAUAUAAAUAUCUAUAUAUUUUGCUGUGCAAAAUUAUUUCACUCACUAACCAUAAGUAAUGUUCAUAUGUGCUUAUUUUUCAUUUCAUACAAUUAUAUGAUAUGCAAUAAUAAUAAAAAAAAAACAAAAGCAUUUU